GCAGCAACAUGGAUGGACCUAGAGAUUAUCAUACUAAGUGAAGUAACCCAGAAAGAGAAAGACAAAUAGCAUAUGAUAUCACUUAUAUGUGGAAUCUAAAAAAAAAAUGAUACAAAUGAACUUAUUUACAAAACAGAAACAGAGUCACAGACAUAGAAAACAAACUUAUGGUUACCAAAGGGGAAAGGGGGUGAGGAAAGGAUAAAUUAGAGGUUUGGGAUUAGCAGAUACAAACUACUAUAUAUAAAAUAGAUAAACAACAAGGUCCUACUGUAUAGCACAGGGAACUAUAUUCAAUAUUCUAUAGUAAAUCAUAAUGGAAAAGUAUGAAAAAAAUAUAUAUACACAUAUAUAUAAUAUAUAUUAAUAUGUGUAUAUAUAUAUAUAUAUGAAUCACUUUGCUGUAUACCAGAAACGAACACAACUUUGUAAAUACUUAAAAAAAAAAAAGAAGGCACGAGAAGUCCUCUGUAAGGGAUCUCAGCAAGGAGUUCAGAUAUUUGUUUUUAGCCACUCAGGACUUUUAAAAGGUGACCUUUUUUACUUAGGGCAAAUGCAAAGACAGAGAAGAACAAAUACUGUUUGAUCUCACUUACAUGUGGAGUCUAAAAAGGUUGAACUCAUAGAAACAAAGAGUAGAUUGGUGGUUGUCAGGGGCUGGGAGGUGGGAGAAAUGGGAAGAUAUUGGCCAAAGAGCACAAACAUUCAGUUAUAAGAUGAAUAAGUUUGGGGGAUCUAAUGGUCAGCAUGGUGACUAAAGUUAACAAUACUUUACUGUAUACUUGAAAUAAGCUAAGAGAGCAAAUCUUAAUGUUCUCACCACAAAAAAGCAAGGUAACUAUAUGAGGUGAUGGAUGUGUUCACUAACCUUAUAUAUCACAAUGUAGACAUAUACCAAAUCAUGACAUUGUACACCUUAACUUUACACGAUGUUAUUUGUCAGUUAUAUCUCAGUAAAGCUGGUUAAAUAAAUAAACAAAAGGCAGCCCCAACCAAAAAAAAAAAAAAAAAUCAAGUCAAGAGCACUAAAUAGGAAAAGAUCAAUGUUUACUGGAAAAAAGUACCAACCAUAAUGCUUAUAUAAAUAUAAUAAUCAUGAAUGGUUAGUGAUAGAGAAGAAUUGGGGGGUAACCACACCUCUUGCAUUCAGUAGAAAAAGUAAAAUACACAUAGGAACUGACCCACAUAUUCAGUCAUCUUCAUACAAUAACAUAAUGGAUAAAAUGGUAGAGCUUCAGGAGAUGAUACCUUAUAUUGAAAUACAUAUGGCUUGUUUACAGUUUGUAGACCAGAGCUUCCUAAAAGCCAAUUUCAAAUUUUCCCUGGCUGUCUAAAAUUAUGCUAUUUCCUGUGCCCUAGCCUAGAUUUGUGAUUAAGUGAGUUAAAAGUAGAUGUUGGGCUGGGAAUAUAUAUUUAUUAUAAUUUCUCUGGAAAUUCAGCUAAGCAGAUUGGAUUGUGAUCUACUGUCUAUGACCAAAAAGCAAUGAGGAAACAAAAUAUUAAAUUGUAAAAUACACAUAUAUAUGUAUAUAUACAUAGAAUAACACAGAAAUCAUUCAGUUAAAAUUUUUAUAUGUCAAGACACUAAAACAAAAAAUAAUUAAAACCAUCACUAGCAAGAUUAAAAUCUCUUACUAUUUAAUCUUGGUUUAUAAGGGAAUUUAAACUCACAAUUAAAGGAUGUUCAUGUAAGGUAGAGGAAAGCAGCGAUCUAAACAGGGAAUAUUAAAUUUUAUAGUUUGCCAAAAUCUUUAGCAGUUUCCAUAACCUUAAAUGCUUGUUAUCACAACAGCAAAAUAUAACCAAUACAUGAAUCAUAGAACUCAAAUUGGGAGGUGGAAUGAAAAACAAUUGAGGAUUAAAAAAUCAGUAGGAAUGGAGAUAAGAUGAAAGCAGGAUAAACCUACAGAGGAAACAAAACAGAAAAAAAGAAAGAGCUUAAAACCCAAACAGCUGGAAUAAUCCCUAGAAGAAAACAGAGCAUUCAGAACGUACAUUUGAGUAUGAACCAUAAUUAGUAUUUGACAUGGUAACAUUUCAAAUCAGUUAUGAAAACUGGGCAAAGCCUAUAUAAAUAGGCAAUUCACCCACCACCGAUAUAUUAACAUCUAUUCAACAUCUCCAUAAUGAGACACUGUGUUUGGUUUAUCAAAUUGGGAAAAUUUCAAGAAAAUUAUUAUCCCUAGUUUUGAUACACUAAGACUGGAAGCAUAACUUCAUUGGAGGACAAGGCUGUAACAUCUAAAACUAAACAAUCCUAGGCAACCACUUUAAAUGAUUCCAUUAUUUAGUAACGUGGAAAGCUACCCAUGAUAUAUAAAGUGAGAGAAAAAAGUCCCAAAAUAUGCCAAUUUUGUGGGGAGAAAAAUAUUUUUAAUACAUAUUUACUCUCAUAGAGGAUCGAGAAGUAAAUGGGCCAAGAUAUUAAUGAUGAUUGUUUCUGGGUGCUAGGAUUACAGACGACUUUAAUUUUGUCCUUUUUUCUUACAUUUUUCCUUUUUUUUUUCUUACUUUUCUCCUGUAUUUUCUUAACAUUGACCAUGCACUAUUUUGGAAUUAUAUAUAUAUAUAUGUAAAUAUGUAAUAUAAUACAAUAUGUAUACAUAUAUAAUACAUAUGAUUUUUAUAUGUAAGUUAUAUACUUAAUAUAUAUAAAUAUAUAAUAAUUAUAUAUAGUUUACACCAAAGCAUCAGUAAUGCUUUGUAUUCCCUGUAAGGGAUUGUGGAUUUGUUUGAGAAUAUUGUCGGAUUUCCUGCAAUGUGAACAUGUUAGUAGUGAGUGGUAACUUUUUAAAAAUAAGUUUAUUUACUUAUGACUGCAUUGGGUCUUCAUUGCUGCGUGCGGGCUUUCUCUAGUUGUGGUGAGCGGGGGCUACUCUUCCUUGUGGUGCAUGGGCUUCUCAUUGGUGUGGCUUCUCUUCUUGCAGAGCACGGGCUGUAGGUGUGGGGGCUUCAGUAGUUGUGGCACGCGGGCUCAGUAGUUGCGGCUCGCUGGCCCUAGAGCGCAGGCGCAGUAGUUGUGGCGCACGCGCUUAGUUGUUCCGCAGCAUGUAGGAUCUUUCGGGAGCAGGGCUUGAACCUGUGUCCCCUUCAUUGGCAGGCGUAUUCUUAACCACUGCACCACCAGGGAAGUCCCUAACUUUUUUUGUUUUAAGGAAAAAAAAGUGUAGCGGCGCUCCAAAGCUGAGCGCUGCAACCUUGAGCGCCCCCUGCCCUCCGCCACGCGUCUGGCAAAGCUCCAGGCGGACACUUAUUUCCAUCACCAUCUGGACUCAAAGACAGCGCGCCGCAGAGGGUUCUGGGAAGUGUAGUCCGGGUCCUCCCUAGUCGCCCACUUCCGCUUCCGGUCGGCGCACCACUGCUUUGGUUUCUUAUGCGAUGGUGAGUAGGGAAAGGGACGUGAGUGUUCUUGGAGGUCUUUGUUCCGGCCGCAGGCACAGGGGCCAGAUCUCAAGGAUCUGAGGGGGAAAGGGCGGCGAAUGGCGGAGGGUCGGAACCAGGGAAUUUCAACGAGCUCGGCUUGGCGAAGGAAGGGUUUGAGGAAGCGGGUCGCCGAGCAUCCCGGGGUGUGGGGGGAUGGGGGGCGGGGCCCGGGCCGGCAGCCCUUGCUACCCCUCAUGCUCGGAAGGAGCAGUUUGAGGCCGGCAGCUCUGACUCUGAGACGGGCAUCUCCCGUUUGGGAGACUCCAAUCCAGGCAGUCGCGGAUUGAUGGUAUCUUGACUUCUUUCACGGUAGCUACCCACCCACUUCUGUACUAAUUUCAGAGAUUUCUGUCUGUGAAGGCAUUUCUGUAAAGAGCUGCUGAAGUUGAAUCUUCAUGUUCUGUAUGUGUUCCUUGGAGAAUUUUAAAGCACUGUGCAAGUUGUGAAAGAUUCUUUUGCUGAUGUAUUGUUGCUGCAUCUGGUUUUUGUCGCGUCUGAGGUACGCACAGGUUGAAUUCCGCUCUAAAUGUCACAAACUGAUAUAGAGACCAAACUAGUGGUUACCAGUGGGGAGAGGGGCAAGAUUGGGGUAGGGGAUUAAGAGGUACAAACUGUUGUGUAUAAAAUAAGCUACAAGGAUUUAUUACACAACAAAGGGAAUAUAGCCAACAUUUUAUAAUAACUAUAAAUGGAGUAUAACCUUCAAAAAUUGUGAAUCACUAUAUUGUACACCUGUAACAUAUAAUAUUGUACAUCAACUAUACUUCAAUAAAAAAAUCCUUCCCCCUCCCCCCAAAAUUUAAAUGUCACAUAGCAUGUGGGAGUCACAGCUCUGAAUUCAAUUCGAGACUGUGUCCUGAUUCUUUUUGUCUCCUGGGAGCUACAGUGAGUGCAGGCUUGUAGACAAGGCACAAAGCAGGACUGGCAUGGGACCUUCUCUCUGAGUCCUGUAAGGAGGGUGGUCCCUUUCCAGGGCACCUGAAGGAAGUAAUAGGAGUAGAUUACAGGAAGGGUAGGUUAAAGGGAGGAGUAGAUUACAUCCAGCUGGUGCUCAGAGAUGUUUCCCUGUGGUGUGUUGGGAAUUAUGAUAACAUCAUGUUAUCUCAUGGCUCAUUUAUUUUCUUGCUCUCUUCCAACUGUUCCUUUGCCAGAGAGAACUGCAUCAAAGAGGAAGGAAUAAUCCCAGGUCUCUUGCCAUUGGAGCUCCAGCUCUGCGUUCUCAAGCCGCAGCCCUUUCCCAAGAUGGGGGAGACAAAACCAAGCUUCAGUUUUAGGAAACUGUGACCUUCAAGGACGUGACUGUGGUCUUCACCGCGGAAGAGCUGGCGCUAUUGGACUCCACCCAGAUAAACCUGUACCAAGACGUGAUGCUGGAGAACUUCAGGAACCUGGUCUCUGUGGGUGAGGACAGCGACCUCCCUGUAAGAGACAGGAUUAAAAACAACAUUUCGAACCUUCAGGAAAAAGGGUUGAGUUACCUCUCACCAGAAGUGCUCUACUUUGGGCAGAUUUGGAAACGAAGGAUCAGUGAAUUGAGUGUGAGUCAGGGUUAUGUCAUGCAUCUUCAAGGAGAUUGUCCCCAAUAUUUAGAAGGAGAUGUUUCCCUCUGUGAAGAGUGGGCAGAAGUGUCUGAAAAUGAAAGGUAUGUAAUAAAUGCCAUUAAUUUAGAAAACCAAGACAUCACAGCUUGGAAAGGCCUGGCACAGGUCCUUACCCCAGAAUCUUGGAAGAAAGCCAACGUAAUGAUUGAGCCUGAGAAUUCUCAGGGAAGGUACAAGAGAAUUCAUAUGGAAGAGAAAUUGGAUGGAUGUGCUCAGUGUGAUGGCAUCUUCUUUCAGACCUCACGUGAUUGUAAUGAUUUCCAAGAAUGUAAAGGAGAGGAACCUUACAGAUACACCGGCUGUGGGAAACAUUUGGUUAUGAAGUCAGCAGUCAAACACAGUCACGUGGUCUAUGCAGUGCGGCAACCUUUCAGGUGUAAUAACUAUAGAAUGGGUUUCAUAGAUGAUGCAAAUGCUCAUGUUCAUCACAGCGCUCACACAGGAGAAAAAUCUUGUAAAUAUGACCAGUGUGGAAAGGACUUUAGUCAGAGCUCAGGACUUACUGUUCACUGUAACACCCACUCAGGGGAGAAAACUUGUGAGGGUCAGGAGUGGGCUAAGGGCUGCAAACAGAGCUCAGAUCUUCCCAGGAAUCAGAAAGGCCCCUUGGGAGACAAACCCUAUAAAGGCAUUGAAUGUGGCAAGCGCAGUUCUUCUCUUCACAACCAUCACCGAGUCCACACGGGGGAGAUGCCCUACACGUGUGACAUGUGUGGGAAGGGGUUCGGAUUCAGGUCGCUUCUGUGUAUCCACCAGGGAGUCCACACAGGGAAAAGGCCCUAUAAUUGCACAGAGUGUGGGAAGGGCUUCGAUCAGAGCUCCAGACUUCUUGUCCAUCAGAGGGUCCACAUGGAGAGAAACUACAAAUGCAGCAAGUGCAGCAAAUGCUUCGGCUCCAGCUCCGUCCUCCAAGUCCACUGGAGGCUGCACAUGGGGGAGAAGCCUUAUAGGUGUGGCAAGUGUGGAAAGGGCUUCAGCCAAAGCACACACCUGCACAUUCACCAGAUCCACACGGGGGAGAAACCCUACAAAUGCGACGUGUGCAGGAAGGCUUUCUCCUACAGCUCGUUUCUGCACACUCACUGGAGAGUUCACACGGGAGAAAAGCCUUACAUGUGCCAAGUGUGCGGUAAGGACUUCAGUUACAGCUCCUAUUUUCACUUACAUCAGAGAGAUCACACCCGAGAGAAACCGCAUGCAUGUGACGAGUGUGGGAAGGUCUUCAUUCGGAACUCCGAUCUUCACGUUCAUCUCAGAGUCCGCACGGGAGAGAGGCCCUGUAAGUGUAAAGAAUGCGGGAAGGGCUUCGGUCGUAACUCUUAAUCCUCUUGCCCGUCAGACAGCACAUAGAGAUGAGAUGGACCACGCAUGUCAUGAGCCUGGCAAGGCUCAGGAAAUAUGUAGCUCAGACCUUCGUACUCAGCCAAGACUGCACAAGAGAACAGAAACAUCAUAAAUGUAGUCAGUCUGUGUUCAAUCAGGAAAACAGAAGCCACUUAUGUGUUCCAGAUGACAGAGGCUUACUCAGCCAUUGGGAGGGCCGGGGAGAGAAAAGGACAGGGACACGACGACCCGUGAGGUCAGCUGGCAACACUGAAGCACGUGGUUCUUAAGGGCACUCCAGGAAACCACUGUGGAUCUCAACACCUUCCUUGAAGCUCUCAUCAGCUGCUGUCUGCUGUCGUGGCAAAGAAAGUGAUUCUUUUUUUUUUUUUUUUUUUAGGUUUUGAAGCUUUAUUUAUUUAUUUAUUUAUUGAAUUUAGAAAAUGAUUCUUGACAAAUGGGUUGUGUCUGGCAAUAGUCACAGGUCAAAUUUCCAUUAAUGGGUAUGCCCAGGAAGGAAAUUCUAAUUGGGAUGAGGAGAGUAAGAACUUCAGUCCAGCCAUAAUCUUUAGGUGAUUUUGUUUUUUGUUUUUGGAGUCUCCUCUAGAAAGACAGUCUCCUUUAAGAACAUUCAAAAUAGUGCUCAGACAUGAGAGCUAUGUUAUUAGUAUGGUAAGAAUUAGGCCAUACUCAGGUUUUCAAAUCCAUUAGAAUUUCCACACAGGAGAAGCUCUGUAGAAGUGAUAUUUUUAGGGUGUGGCAGAGAUAGUGAUACGUAUUCAUAUUCGUACUGGUUCUAUUUCCUGGGCACAUAGGAAGACUCCAUUUCCCAGCAGGCCUUGCAGUUAAAUGUGGGCCCAUGUGAUUGAGUUUCAACCAAUGGAGUGUGUGCAAAAGUGAUAUGCGCUACUUCCAGGACUGGCCCUUACAAGCAUCUGUCCAUGUCCUCCAGGCUUCUCUUUCCUGUCAUGGUGGUUUUGGAGGCUGUUUCUUCCAGAUGGGAAGGUGGAUAUCUGUGUUGGACUUUUUUGUUUUUGUUUCUUUUGAGUGAGAAAUAAACAUUUAUUGUGUUACACUA